AUAUGUUUACACCCUACAUAGCCACUUUGUUCGACAACAACCUUAAAAAAUCAUCUCCAAAUUUUCAACAACUCAUAACUAAGUCAUCUGUGAAAAUGGCUUCCGGUGAACAAAAGUUUCCUCCUCAGAAACAAGAGACACAGCCUGGCAAAGAACAUGCUAUGAAUCCAACACCCCAAUUCACUUGCCCUGAUUACAAGCCAUCAAAUAAGCUUCAAGGGAAAAUAGCAGUAGUGACUGGAGGUGACUCUGGAAUAGGACGUUCUGUAUGCAACUUAUUUGCAUUAGAAGGUGCUACUGUGAUUUUCACUUAUGUGAAGGGUCAUGAAGACAAGGACGCAAGGGACACACUUGAUAUGAUAAAAAUGGCAAAGACUGCAGAUGCCAAAGAUCCAAUGGCUAUACCAGCUGACCUUGGUUUUGAUGAGAAUUGUAAAAGAGUAGUGGAUGAGAUCAUCAAUACUUAUGGCAGAAUUGAUAUUCUUGUCAACAAUGCAGCUGAGCAGUAUGAGUGUGGUUCAAUUGAGGAGAUUGAUGAACCAAGACUUAUUAGGGUGUUCCAAACCAACUUCUUCUCCUAUGUCUUCAUGACUAGGCAUGCACUGAAGCAUAUGAAGGAAGGAAGCAGCAUUAUCAACACAACAUCAGUGAAUGCAUACAAAGGACACCCAACAUUGCUGGACUACACAUCCACUAAGGGUGCCAUUGUGGCCUUUACAAGGGCACUUUCACUUCAGCUGGUGAGCAAGGGAAUAAGAGUGAAUGGGGUUGCACCUGGACCUAUUUGGACUCCAUUAAUACCAUCCUCUUUCAAGGAGGAUAAGACUACUCAAUUUGGUUCUGAUGUGCCAAUGAAGAGAGCUGGGCAGCCUGUUGAGGUUGCUCCCUCCUUUGUGUUUCUUGCCUGUAACCAAUGCUCUUCUUACAUAACUGGCCAAGUCCUCCACCCCAACGGUGGAACCAUUGUGAAUGCAUAGGUGAUGCUUGAGAUCUGUGUGCAAUGUUUUUGCGGUUUUUGUGUACUUAAACUAUGUUAAGAAUGGCAGAGCGUAGUCAGCGUAGUAUAAAUGUAACUGCUGCUUGUUUGUACAUUUUGCUCUAAAAUGUAGAAACAUUAUAUAAUAAAUAAAUAAAAUAAUAUACUACAUGGAAGUAUGUGUUUUAGUAUGGGAAAUGCUAAUAUGUUAGCAUGACCCUUUUACUACACAUGUGGAUGUCAUAAUCAAAAUUGUGGUUUGACUGGUUGUA